ACGGCUUUUGACGUCAUGGUUGUAAAAUGCCAAACGUAUGUACUCGCGCAGCUUUGAGUGUACGCUAGCAACAUGUCGGUUCGGAGGGAGCCCAGCGGCGGAACCGGAGCGUCUGUGAAACACACAUUCAAGACAUAGACAUCACGCGGAGACGUUUGUACGAACUGCGACACUUCCACACAACUAUUAUUUCAACAACAGCGGGCCUGUCGGAGCCUGAUGGACGGCUAACCGAGUUCGACCUGAACACUCGCAGGCGGUUGCGCUGCUCGGAGGAGAGACGAAGGAGGACGGCGUGUUCUGGCUCUAAUCAGGAAGGACUUUCUCCUUGUUAGGGGUAUGUUAUCCGUACUGUCUUAUGGCAGACUCGUAGCCAGGGCUGUCCUGGGCGGACUCUCUCAGACUGACGGUCGGGACUACAGCCUGAUCAGCGCCAGCUAUGGCUUCGGUAAAGACUUUCGUAAGGGGAUCCUGAAGAAAGGGAUGUGCUACGGAGAUGAUGCCUGCUUCAUAGCGCGGUACAGAUCGGCGGAUGUUCUAGGUGUAGCGGACGGUGUAGGCGGUUGGCGGGACUAUGGUGUCGACCCAUCUCAGUUCUCUGCCACCUUGAUGCGAACCUGUGAGCGUCUGGUGAAGGAGGGGCGCUUCAUUCCCAGUAACCCAGUGGGUAUUCUGACGUCGGGCUACUACGAGCUCCUACAGAACAAAGUCCCGCUGCUAGGAAGCAGCACGGCCUGCAUUGUGGUUCUGGACCGAAGGAGUCACCGGCUUCACACGUGUAACCUUGGAGACUCCGGCUUCCUCGUGGUGCGAGGCGGAGAGGUGGUCCACCGCUCAGAUGAGCAGCAGCACUACUUUAACACGCCCUUCCAGCUGUCCAUCGCUCCUCCGGGCGCCGAGGGAGUUGUGCUCAGUGACAGUCCUGAAGCAGCCGACAGCUCCUCUUUUGACGUUCAGCUCGGUGACAUCAUCCUAACAGCAACAGACGGGCUCUUUGACAACAUGCCGGACUACAUGAUUCUUCAGGAGCUCAAAAAACUGAAGACUUCAAAUUAUGACAGCGUACUGCAGACUGCACAGAGUAUCGCAAAGCAAGCUCACGAUCUCGCCUACGAUCCCAAUUAUAUGUCUCCUUUUGCACAGUUUGCCUGUGAUAACGGCCUGAAUGUAAGAGGAGGGAAACCAGAUGAUAUCACGGUGCUGUUGUCUAUAGUGGCUGAAUAUACAGACUGAAAGUGCGUCUGCUUCACUGGGACUGAUGUUUUCUUGCCGUCUGCCUGAGUCUUUCACCUGCAGCCUUCCCAACAUGCACUGCGGGCUGACAGGGGAGGCCCACCAAUACGGCUCUCACCCCUCACUGUGUGGCUGACCUCCAUGUUUGUGGCGUUUUGUUUUCUUCUGUUUUAACGUGGUGCUGGAACGGUUGAGGGGCGGCAGGCAGCUGGGAUAUUUUUCAUGUUGACCAUGAUGCGGUAGGAGCUGACUUCGGCCUCGCUCAUAUCUCACCUUGUUGUCAGAUGAUUUUUAGCGCACAUAAGACCGUUUGGAUACUUGAGGGUAGCUCUGAUGUAUAAAAACACAACAAUACGAAGUAAGCCAUGGGUUUUGUUCUUUUUCCGACUAGCAUUAGAGCUGGUUAUAGAACCUCACUAUUGUUCAUUUGUUCCCAUUUUAUAAAAGUGUUUAUGGAUUAGGCUGAGGGUGCCGAUAUGACAGAUGUGGGAGUUGGGUUGUAGUGCCUCGGGUUUGGGAAUGUCAACGAGCACGUCGCUCAUAUCUGUAGAGAGGAAGCUUGUUAAGAUGUCACGUGAAGGUUAUUCAGGUUUUGUCACUCGGCUGAGGGAACGUUUGACUCACACGUCCUGAUAAGUUGUAAAUAUUUUUUUUAAUUUAGGGCUAUAUUUUUGUUUUUUGACUGAUUUAAAGCAAAAAGCUAUUUUGUUAACAGCUUGAAUUGAACUCCCGUCAAUCCAAGACUUCCAAUUGGUAAAAAUUAACAAGAUGUUUAAAACGAUUCCUCUUGCGUCCGUUGUGUGGUAGGGAUGAUUUUUUUUUUAAAGUGUGUUGAAUGUACAUAUUUAUAUCGUUAAGCUAAAGCUAGCUUCUGGGAAUGCUUACAGUUGCCGUGAUAAGUCAGGAAUCAAAUUAAAGAGGGAAACCUUAUUUUUAUACCUUAUUUCGUUUGAAAAGUACCACUGAAGAAUGUGAACUGGAUGAACUAAAAGACUUGUCUUAAAAAAUUAAUUAGCCAUGUUUAUGUAUUUUUUUUACUUUUGAUCCCUUAUUUUCUUAUAUAUUAAUUUGCUGCUUUUUUGUUUGUAACUUUGCCUUUUAAAGCCCUUUUUACACACGACACUCAAAAUAAUAAUGGCUUAAUGAAUUGGUGAAAUCAGCAGCAUUCAGUUAUUGGUUACGUUUGUAUUGAUCACGGAUGUUAAAACAAUGGAAUGAACACAGUACCUGGUUGAUUUGUUGGUGGAGCUGCUACAUGCGCACAGCUAUUUUAUUUUUUAGAAAGUGGCUUUCAAAGUGAAAGUAUCUGUAGAGUCAGUUGUCUCACAUCAAGUCGUCUCACCUUAACGAUUUGUAGUAGCAUGCUAACUUCACAGGGGUUGUAUAAAACAACCGUUGGGGAUGAAAGAGGCUGAAAAACGUCUACAUGUUCAAGCCUAAUGAACGUUAAGCGUUAUACUUCGGAAAGGUUCGGAUGCACUUUCGUACGGAGAUGCUUGUAAAGUUAAAUCUUUUAUCAUGGCUGCAUGAAAGAAAAUGUCACUUUAGCUACUAAACCUGCUGUUUUGUUUGGGGAAAAAUCAUUUUUUCUUCAAACACUGCAAGAUAAUUUAUGUGGAGCUUCUAUUAUAUUUAGUGUAAAUUAUAGGGGAUUCAAAUUAGGCCUGUCACAAUAAAUAACAAAUCGAUUAAUUGCAUGAUAAAUGAAAAUUAUCAACCU